ACUUUUGAAUAGAGAAAUUUGCCACCGGCCACCGAAUUCAUUUUUUUUUAAUUUCUUUUUGCUUUCCUUCUAGAAUUACUCGCACACUCCUCAAUCCUGAUUAUAUCAUAAUAGUUAAAGUUUAUAAGAGAGGACAAAAAAAAAAGUUCAUAAGAAAAUCGAGAGCCGCGCGUUAGUGUUUGCGAUCCUCGUCACACGACACCGUUUGGUCGUCGUAUGUUUUGAUCCUUAACAAUACGGCACCGUUUGGUCGUCGUAUGUUUUUGAUCCUUUUGGGAGUUUUGACUGAUGGAAGGAGACUAUCGGCGUCACUACGUCGGUCUUCUUCAGAAAUGCAGCAACAGUAACAGAGAAACUCUAUGGCGCCAAACCCACGGAUUCUUCCUCAAGAAGGGCUUCCUCAGCUCAAUCGUCAUCGUCGCUAACCACCUCCUCCAGAUAUACACGCGCUGCGGCAGAAUUACAACCGCGCGUAACCUGUUCGACGAAAUGCCAAAGAGAAACUGUUUCUCAUGGAACACAAUGCUCGAAGGCUACAUGAACUCUGGUGAUAAAGGGUCUUCUUUGAAGCUCUUUGACGCGAUGCCAGAGAGGGAUGUGUACUCUUGGAACGUGGUUGUCACCGGGUUCGCCAAGGCUGGUGAGCUAAGUGUUGCCAAGAGGUUCUUCGACGCCAUGCCUGAGAAAGAUGCUGUGACUUUGAACUCUCUGCUUCAUGGGUAUCUUCAGAACGGUUACGCUGAGGAGAGUCUGAGGGUUUUUAAAGAAGUGAAGUUGUGUGUGGAUGUGAAAACAUUGACGACGGUUUUAAAGGGUUGUGCAAAGUUGGAAGCUUUGAAGUGUGGGAAGGAGAUACAUGCUAGGGUUUUGAUCGGUGGUGUUGAGUGUGACUCGCAUCUGAAUAGCUCUUUGGUUAAUUUGUAUGCAAAGUGUGGUGAUUUGAGAAUGGCUAGCAGUAUGGUGGAUCUUAUUGGGGAGCCUGAUGACCAUUCUCUAUCUGCUUUGAUCUCAGGUUAUGCGAGUUGUGGGAGAGUGAAUGAGGCUAGAACACUCUUUGACAGGAGAAGGAACAGAUGUGUGUUUCUGUGGAACUCUAUGAUCUCUGGUUAUGUUACCAACAAUAUGGAAAUGGAGGCAUUGGUUCUUUUCAACGAGAUGAGGAAUGAAGCUCAGGAAGAUUCACGUACUCUAGCAGCUGUUGUAAACGCUUGCGCCGGUUUGGGUAUCAUAGUGACUGGCAAACAGUUGCACUGCCAUGCUUAUAAGUUUGGGUUGAUCACUGACAUUGUUGUAGCUAGCACAUUGCUUGACAUGUACGCCACUUGUGGGAGCCCGGACGAAGCUUGCAAACUUUUCAGCGAGGUCAAAACCUAUGACACUAUCUUACUGAACUCUAUGAUCAAAGUAUAUUUCAGCUGUGGGAGAGUUGAAGAUGCAAAAAGGGUAUUCGAGAGGAUUGAGAAAAAGAGUUUGAUUUCUUGGAACUCAAUGACUGUAGGAUUCAGUCAAAACGGUUGUCCAAGCUAUACGUUAGAGUAUUUCCGCCAAAUGCACAAGAUGGAUAUGCCUACAGAUAAGUUUAGCCUCUCAAGUGUCAUCAGUUCCUGUGCAAGCAUUUCGUCCCUCGAACUUGGGGAGCAGGUGUUUGCGAGGGCGACUAUUGUUGGUCUUGACUCUGAUCAGAUAGUAUCAUCCUCUCUCAUCGACUUUUACUGCAAGUGUGGAUCAGUGGAGCGUGGGAGGAGAGUGUUUGACACAAUGGUGAAAUCAGAUGAAGUACCUUGGAACUCAAUGAUAUCAGGUUAUGCUACGAAUGGUUAUGGAUCUGAAGCGAUUGAGCUGUUCGAGAAAAUGAGUGUAAGACCCACUCGGAUCACCUUUAUGGGUGUUCUAACAGCGUGUAAUUACUGUGGUCUAGUGGAAGAGGGAAGAAAACUGUUCGAGGAAAUGAAGUUGGAUAAUGGUUUUGUUCCAGACAGAGAGCACUAUUCAUGUAUGGUCGACCUUUUUGCUCGUGCUGGUUAUUUGGAAGAAGCUAUGGACCUAGUGGAAGAGAUGCCUUUUGAUGCGGAUGCAAGCAUGUGGUCGUCUGUUCUAAGAGGAUGUGUAGCGAAUGGAGAUAAAGCCAUGGGAAAGAAAGUUGCUGAGAAGAUUAUAGAGCUGGAACCGGAGAACUCAGUGGCUUAUGUGCAGUUGUCCGCCAUAUUCGCAACCUCUGGGGAUUGGGAAAGCUCGGCGCUUGUAAGAAAGCUGAUGAGAGAGAAGCAUGUAAAUAAGAGUCCUGGUUCCAGUUGGGCUGAGUGUUGAUAACUCGACUCUGAGUGUGAAUAAUACCAAUCAAAAGCAGAACAGGAAACCAAGUUCGCGUCAGAGGAGAUGCUACAAAUGGAGUGGGAAUAUUUUAAUUAAACAAAAUUAUUGACGUUUGAUGAACAUAAGCUAAACGGCUGGCCCAUAAGGUAAUUAUUUGCUUUUGGUCCUUUGUUUCUGUACUGGACUUAAUCAAUGAUCUAUACAUUUGAAGAUGAGGCAGAGGAUAUAAGAUGGAAUAACCCUUCACUUCAAAAAGGAUCUUAAAUCAACAACCAUUACAGGGCAGUUCUCACCUUUCUAUUGAGGAAUCUCCAGGACCAGGAAUAAGAACAUUGGUUGAAGGGAUUUUAAUCUGAGACAUAAAGAUCAAGAUCACUAUCCUCUUUGGUUUUUGGUUUUCUUGUCCAAGUAAAAAUAGUAGCUGUUGACUUUAAAGUCUCAGUGCAUCAUGUGAGUCACACAAUCUUUUUGAGUGGAUCAAAGUGGUAAAAGCAUAAGGGUUAUUUCAGAAACAGUGUUUUGAAGAUAUCUUUUUUUUUGUUCAACAUUUAAGGUGGGAAAGGUUGAGGCCAUCACAUGUUCCACUAAGCAAUGUUCUUUGUAGGAAAAGCACUUUGGUAUAACUUUAUUUUUCUUGUUGUUUUUGUAAACCAAUAAACCAAAUAGAAGUAAAUAGAAAGAGGAUAAUGGAAUUAACAA